AUGCGGCCGUUCUUCUUACUACUAUUCACUUUUAGCGCCGUUACAUCCUAUAAAAUACUCGUCUAUUCGGGUCCACUUGGUUUUUCACACGUACAGUUCAUGGGACGUAUCGCUGACCUUCUUCAUGAGGCUGGACACGAUGUGACCGUACUGCAUCAGGUUUCAAACGAUAAACAUACGAUGACAUUUCCCAAAAAGGCAAAACAGAUUUUGCUCGACCUUCCCCAAGAAAUGAGAGUCAAAUUGAAUCCGGAGAGAUACAAUACUUGGGUGAGCACUGGAUCGAUGCUUCAUCAACUGCAGUUUAUCAGAACGUUCGUCAACACCCAAGUGGAAGCAUGUGACAUGCUUCUUGGCGAUAAUCGUACCAUAGAGGCUUUGAGGAAAGAACAUUUUGACGCCGGAAUUACUGAAAUGAUUGUAACGUGCGGAUUUGGAUUAUUUGACAUGAUUGGAGUGGAUCAUAUAAUUUGUGCGUCAGCAGUAGGAAUUUCGGAUGCAGGUGAAGAUUUUUUCGACGUGCCUGGACUCAGUAGCUUCAAACCAUCGUUCCUCACAAAAUUCAGCGAUAAAAUGAACUUUAUGGAGCGAACAAUCAACUUCAUCUCAAGUUUCGUCUCGAAAAACGUUAUAAAAUAUAUGUAUGGCGAAUACGAGAUUAUGUGGCAACGUCAUGGAGUGGAUAGAAAAAUGGAGGAUUAUCGAUCAAAAAUCAAUUAUGUUCUAUCGAAUUCGGACGAAUUCAUGGAAAUUCCCAGCCCAACAACUGCUAAGAUCGUUCACGUAGGCGGCAUUACAAUUGCUGAGAAAUCAGAAUUGCCACAGAAAUUUCGAAGUUUGAUGGAGAGAAAAGACAGAACAGGUGUCGUCUACAUAUCGUUCGGAUCCCUGGUACCAACAAAACAGAUGCCGAACUACUUUCGCGAGACGAUAUUCCAUGUAGCAAGUUCGUUCCCACAAAUAACUUUCCUAUGGAAGAUGGAUGCCGAUGAUACGCCUCCCGAAAUUCCGAAUUUACACACCUUCUCAUGGUUGCCACAACAAGCGUUGCUAGCACAUCCUAAUCUUCUGUGUUUUGUUUCGCAUGCCGGAUUAAAUAGUGUGCUAGAACUAACCAGAAGUGGCAAGCCAUCAAUCCUCGUCCCGGUUUUUGCCGAUCAGUUCAGGAAUGCACGACUCGUGGAAAGGAAAAACACAACAAUCGUAUUGAUGAAGGAAACAUUUAACAACAAAACGUUCGAAUCUGCCUUACGCCGGAUUAUCAGCGAUGAGAGUUACGGAAUGCGAGCAAAGCGGUUAGCGUCUUUGAUGGUAAACAAACCGUUCCCAAUAAAGGAAAGAGUGCUAUCGACAGUUCAGUUUUCAAUUCAACAUGGCAAAAUCAAUAGCCUGGAUACUUACGGCAGGAACUUGAACACAUUACAGUAUUACAGCAUUGACGUUGUUGCUUUUUUGGCUACAAUUGGUCUUCUUAUAAUAAUCUCUCUCAUUAGGUUAGGCAUAUUUUGCUUGAGAAAAAUCCUUAAGAAGAAACAAAAAGAAGAGUAG